CCACAGUACAGCACGUGGGCCAUUGGCGGGGUGGUGGGCCUCGUCGUCGCGGCAGUCAGGAGGAUCUCGCGAAUCAAUUAUACGAGGAGUCCAACAGCAAAGAAAGAAGUGGUGGACGUCCUGGUGAGGUAUGUUGAACAGGAAGAAAAGCUCACUCAUAGUCCUCAAGAACAAACUAACUAUGUUGUAUUAAGGCUCAGCUUUCAAUGGUGGUCAUUGGGGUUGGUCACUGAGAUCGAAGAGGCGACCCCUCUCCCCUUGAGAGGACAGGGGAAAACGAAGGGAAAGGGGAGAGCUUUGAAUGGGGUCCCUUCCGUUCACUGAACCCUUACGAGGAUCUAGCGAAUCAAUUAUAGCGAAUCCCUUAUAUUGGGUUCUAAGGGUUUCAGUUGGAAUAAAAAUAGGUCUGAUAUUUUUGUCACACUUUGAUUUAGCGAUAUCUUGAGCAGUAUCUUGAGCAGUACAGACUUUUUCCUACUUUCAUGUAAGGGGCGAACACUUUCGAGGAGAAACAGCAUUUGUACCACUGCGCCAGCUGCACGACGAGGGGGAACUGACUUGAGUGCCAAAAGUGGCUUUGAGGCCAGUCAGUCACCACCUAGGCACUCACGUGAGUCUGCCAGAAGGCGAAGGUCUUCGACAGGAGCAGGGGGAGCUUAUCCCGAUACAGCAUCUUCGCCUUAAGAAUGUUGGGUACUCUUGAGACUAGUACUUACGCAUGUACUCGAAAACUUGAAAUAACCGAGUGAUUCCAAAAAUAACUAACGGACGGUUCCAAAUUAGUCUCCUUUUACUCCCCUUGUAGUUGCCUGUUACAGCGAGUUGGAUUGAUUCGGUUUGUUCUCGGUAGCUUCCCUAGGCAAGGCCUGGGGCUCAGUUUUCAGACUGGGCAAUCGGUUAUGAGAGAUUCAAUCUCCUCUCCCACAUGAAUUCUCAAGCAAAGGAAGGCGGUGGACAGGUACAAGGGAAAAUACAUCGGCAAGAGGAGAAGCUUCUUCUAGGUUGGAG